UUACAAUUAGCCAUAUUAAAAUAAUUUACAAAGUUCAUUAAUAAUAAUUUCUAUAGUAUAAUUUUUUUUUUCGACCAAAAUCUACAUUUUAACAAUAUGGCAACAUUAGAUGUAAAAAAAUUGAAAAUUACUCACAGACCAUUACAUGUACCAGGUCUUAAUGAAAUAAAAACUGUUUUAGAGGAAGGAUUAUCUACAAAUUUUGCUGAAGUUAAAGUAGAAAUUGUAAAUUGUCCAGACUUAACAAAGGAACCAUUUUUACUUUCAGCCUCAGGUUUAAGUGGUAAUCCUACCGUUCUUGAAAUUGGAGGUCCAUCUUAUCUGUUGCCUAUUGUUCAAAGGGAUAAGUUAUAUAAUAUUCAUGAGCUUUUGCAACACAUGAAUUAUUCUGAUAAGUCUUUUGUUAUCGGUGCAGGAGCUGGACCAUGGCCAUAUAUAAAUUCUAAUUGUGAAUUAAUGAUGAAUUUAGUUAUUUCAUCAUCUGGAAUAAAGAAUGAAACACGCAUUGCGUCAGUUGAUAAAUCAAGUGGAAAUUGUAAACUUGAAACAUUAAAUCGUAAUGAAACGCGACUUGCAAUAUUAGCAAAUCUUUUUGUAAGUAAAGGUGAAACAGGAUCCGUUUUAAAAGUGCAUGUUAAGAGGCGCACGGGCAAGGAUGACUUCAUAGCUUGCAUGCAAAAAGCACUUGCACAUCAUUAUAAAGAUAAACUUGUUGGCUUAGGUGGAACAUUUUUAAUCAACGAAGGAAAAGUAAAACAGCAUGUUAUGCCAGAUUUUUCCACUACACCAUUAGACACUUUACAACAACUAGAUGAUUGGUUAAAGUUUUACAAUAUGUCAACUCCUCUUGUAGCUGUUGGUACAUUUGUAAGCUCAGAAACAGAUUUAGAUCUGAGAGUACAACAUUUUCACAGUUUUUCAAAUCAUGGUGAAGGAGGGCAUUAUCAUAUCGACACUACUCCUGAAACCAUAGAAUAUUUGGGAUAUUUUAAUUUAGGAAAUAAUUUAUAUCGUAUUGAUCAACCAGCCAAGAGUUUAAAAUUUGGGAAGGACUAACUUAUUGUAUGCAUAUAAACUAUUGGUUUUAGCAAUACAGGUAAUAUUAGAAUAUUCAGUAAUAACGAUACUGGUGAUGUUUAUUUAGAUU